AUGAAGACUACAAGUGUUCUGACACUGGCAAGUCUGCUAGCCUCAGUCAAUGCUCAUGGAUACCUGACGAUUCCCUCAAGUCGUACACGACUGGGAUUUGAGGCUGGCAUUGAUACCUGUCCUGAAUGCUCGAUUCUUGAGCCCGUCACUGCUUGGCCUGACGUUGAAGCAGCACAGGUUGGCCGCAGUGGGCCAUGUGGAUACAAUGCUCGAGUUAGCGUGGACUAUAACCAACCCGGAGAUUAUUGGGGUAACUCCGUGGUAGCUACAUAUACUGCCAACGAUAUUGUCGAAGUGCAAUGGUGUGUUGACAACAACGGCGAUCAUGGCGGCAUGUUCACCUACGGUGUCUGCCAGAACCAGACUUUGGUCGACUUGUUUUUGACUCCGGGAUAUCUCCCAACCACAGAGGAGAAACAAGCCGCAGAAGACUGUUUCCUGGAUGGCGAAUUGAAAUGCACUGAUGUCGAUGGACAGACCUGUGGCUAUAAUCCAGACUGCACCUCUGAUCAAGCAUGCUACCGCAAUGAUUGGUUUACUUGUAACGCCUUCAAUGCUGACUCCAACCGCGGAUGCCAAGGUGUGGAUGGCGCAGCUUUGAAUUCUUGCAAGACCACCAUCGCCGGUGGUUAUACAGUCACCAAGAAAAUCAAGAUCCCAAACUACAGCUCCGAUCACACCCUGCUUCGCUUCAGAUGGAACUCAUUCCAGACCGCGCAGGUGUAUCUCCACUGUGCCGAUAUUGCUAUCACUGGAUCUGGGUCAGGAUCGACUUCUACCACGACUUCUACUAAGUCAACGACAACAACUUCCGCUACCAAGACGAGUACUACUACUACUUCGACAACAACAACAACAACAACAACAACAUGUACCGCUGCGACAUCCCUUGCAGUGACAUUCAACGAGCUAGUCACUACUACAUACGGAGAGAAUGUUUACGUCGUUGGUUCAAUCAGCCAAUUGGGCUCUUGGUCUACCUCGUCUGCGAUUGCUCUGUCUGCAGGCUCGUAUACGUCGUCAAACCCAUUGUGGACUGCCACAAUUUCUCUCCCCGUCGGUACCACGUUUGAGUACAAGUUCAUCAAGAAAGAGACGGACGGCAGUAUUGUCUGGGAAAGCGACCCUAAUAGAAGCUACACCGUGCCAACUGGCUGCUCGGGUGCCACUGCUACCGCAAGUGCAACUUGGAGGUAA